AUGGACGCUGCGCUCACCCCGCCCCUCCGCAUCCAGCCCCUGCACAUCCAGCGGGUCUCGCCAGAGGCUGCGCAGAAGCGCGUCGAGGACUUCCUGCACAAGUUCCAUGCCCGCAAUGUCGCCAAGAACAGCGGCGAGAGCACCACAUCCGCUCAGCUGCAGAAGCUGGCAGACGCGCUGAACGAAGAGCAAUGAGCAUAGGGCUUCUAGCCGCUCUUUGAAACAAACCUAGCCCAUCGCGGGCUUGGGCGCUGUAUAUAUUCAACGACAGCAGCCGCUCCGCCUUGAUUGCGCAAGAAUAGCGCGCUACCGCCCGCCCUUGUAGUACGAUGCCGUCGGGCAUAUUCAACGGUCAGCCCAGUUCUCUGUGUCAAACUCGUAGGAUGAGUCUUCUAUUAUUUCUAUUUGCACGUCAGUCUGAGUGCCUUCGGGCACGAUAGAUGACACUUCGCAUCUCUGACACUUCAAUAUGCGUGUGCGGAUCCUCGUGGCAGACAGGAUUGCUCACUAUUCUCUACAGGGCGC